GGGCUGAGCUGCGGGGCGCUGAGUUAUGGCCGCGCGGAGUCAGCGGUUGCGCGAACUACGGGGGCCUCUGCUCCCGUCCAAGGCCCUGGUGGAGGAGGGCGAUGACUGCCUGCUGGAGGACUGCGAGGACGACGACGAGCCGGCGUUCGUGGACGCGGAGGAGCUCUGCAGCGGGGGCCUCCAGGCCGGCGGCCUCCCCGGGUGCCUCCGCGUUGUAAUUCCUGAUGAAGACACUGGAGAGAAGUGUGAAGUGUCUGGGCGUUUCCCAUUAACCGGUCCUUGGUGGCGAGUGAGGGUACAAGUAAAGCCUACAGGAUCAAGGAACUAUCAAGUUCAAGGAUUUCCAUCGUACUUUUUACAGUCUGAUAUGUCAUCACCAGAUCAAGAAAAUAUCUGUUCCCUUUUUCUUAAAGACUGUAAUGUCUCCAGUGAUAAGAUAAUUGAAUUUUUAGCAUGGGUAAAGAGAACAUCAAGCAUUAAAGACCUCAGCUUUGAAAAUCUUAGGGAAACAUUGAGAACUUUCUAUAAGGAAGAUAGAAAUGGUCAAAAACAAUCUACACAGAAUGAACAGGAAAAGUCUCAACCAGAGUACAAGAUGUGCCUUCCUCUGGAAAACACAAUUCCAUUUAUCAGUGUAAUGGCAGCGUUGAAGUUUCCAAAAAUUAUGGAAUUCCUUCCAGUUCUUCUGCCUCGACACUUUAAACAGCUCAUAAGCUCAGGUUCUAAACAGGUGUUGGAAAAGAUAGAAGAGAUUUUAGGUACACAUCCAUGGAAACUUGGAUUUAGAAAAGUCACCUGCAGAGAACUGAAGCUUUUGGGAUGUGAGGCAAGUUGGGCAGCAUUUUGUCAGUGCUCGUCUCUCCUGCCCUUGAUGACUGACCUAGAGAAGAAUGGAUUAAUACUAUAUUCUAAGCUGAAGCAGCUGUGUAGAGAGUAUGGACACACAUAUGUGGAAGAAACUGAGUUAACUUCUCAGUUGUCAGGUCAGAUAUUUUGUCAUGAUGUUUGGCAGUCUCUGAAGUUUUUGAAGGACAUCGGUGUAGUGACAUAUAAGAAGAACUGUGUCUUUCUUUAUGACCUUUACCAGGCUGAGAGAGACAUCGCCUCUUUAAUAGGUGCCCUGAUGACAAGGCCUCCCUGGCGUUUACAUGUUGAUAUCAAAAAGGUGCUUGCAUCUGUUCAUACCAGAAAACCUGAGAAUUCAGGAAGUGGUGAUGUACUGAGCGAAAGUAGAACCGGUGAAAUGUUAGAAGCUUCUGAGGCCAUCCCAAACACACAGGACAGUGGGGACCAUCCUUGGGAUGAUGGAGAAGAUAAUGCAGAAAUAAGUGACGAUCAACUAGACCAGGAUCAAGUGGCCGCCUUGGAGAUGGUCUGCUCCAAUGCUGUGACAGUCAUAAGUGGGAAAGGUGGUUGUGGGAAGACCACAAUUGUUAGCCAUCUCUUUAAGCAUAUAGAGCUGUUGGAAGAAAGUGAAGUAAAAAAAGCUUGUGAAGACUUCGAACAAGACCAGAGUGUACCGGAAGAGUGGACUACCUUUACCGAGCAAACAAGUCAGCUGAAGGCAGACAAGGCUGUGGAAGUUUUACUUACGGCACCUACAGGGAAAGCAGCUGGUUUACUGAGACACAAGACUGGUUUUCACGCUUAUACACUGUAUCAGGUCAAUUACAGCUUCUAUUCAUGGAAGAAAACAGCGAACGAGGACAGUCCAUGGAAGUUUUCUUCAGUUAGAGUUCUGGUUGUGGACGAAGGGAGUUUGGUAUCCGUAAGAAUCUUCAAAUCCGUUUUAAAUUUAUUGCUCGAGCACUCCAAGCUUUCUAAACUUAUUAUCCUUGGUGAUGUUAGACAGUUACCCAGCAUUGAGCCUGGUAACUUGCUGCAAGAUCUUUUUGAAACUCUUAAGUCAAGAAAUUGUGCUAUUGAACUAAAGACAAACCACAGAGCAGAAUCUCAGCUAAUUGUGGACAAUGCUACAAGAAUCUCAAGACGCCAAUUUCCAAAAUUUGAUGCAGAGCUGAGUAUCUCAGAUGAGCCAACAUUCCCUGUCUCAAUACAAGAUAAAACGUUUAUUUUUGUGAAACUCCCAGAAGAGGAUCCUAGUUCUCAGUUAACGAAAAGUAACGAUCACUCUCAUUUAUAUUCUGCCGUUAGAACUUUACUCAAAGAAAAGGACCUACAGAGUGCAGAAACAUCACAAUUUAUUGCAUUUAGAAGGCAAGACUGUGACGUCAUCAACACCUGCUGUUGCAAGCACUACACAGGCCAGCUGAACAGAGACCAUCAGAAUAGACUUAUAUUUGGAGUUGGCCAUAAAAUUUGUUGUACCAAGAAUGCAUAUCUUUCGGAUUUACUGCCUGAAACUACCUCCAGUGGUCAGCAGAGUAAUGAACUUGAGGCCAGUGGUGAGGACUUGAAUGGUGCUUCUCAUGGUGUUGCUAAAAAUAAGUAUGACUUGGAAAGUGGUAUUCGACUCUGCAACGGAGAAAUCUUUUUCAUAACAGAAGAUAAAACUGAUAUAACUUUUAGAAAGAGAAGAUAUUUGACCAUUAAUAAUAUGGCUGGCUUGGAAGUCACUGUGGAUUUUAACAAACUAAUGAAACAUUGUCGCAUAAGACAUGCAUGGGCAAGAACUAUUCACACUUUUCAGGGCUCUGAGGAGCAGACCGUGGUCUACGUGGUGGGGAAGGCGGGCCGCCAGGACUGGCAGCACGUGUACACCGCGGUGACCAGGGGCCGCGGCCGAGUGUACGUCAUCGCAGAGGAACCUCAUCUCCGGAGCGCCAUUCUGAGGAACAAUGUCCGCAGAAAAACUCGUUUAAGACAUUUUUUGCAAGACCAGCUCUCCGUGAGCUGUGCGUCCCCAGCAGAGUUUGCAUCUCCGUCCAAGGGCUCCGAGGACGGCAGAGGACCCAGCGCACAGCCGGCAGCCUCGCCACCCCCUGCAGCCCCAGCUGACACUGUGACCGACAGUGUCCCCAGAAGCCAGUUCUCUGCGGCUGACUGGAUGUUCGCCUCUGCCGAAGGAUGGAAAUUGCCUCCCUCUGAGAAAGCGGAUGCGGGCCAGGAGCCAUCCCCAUCGCGAGGGUGCAAAAGAGCCGGCGUCCUGAUGGAUACUGAAAGCCCCAGCAAGGUCCCCAUGGUGGAAGAAUCAUCUCCACAAGUGUCUUCCAAACUCCAGAAUUUGAAACUAAAUCACUUAACCCCCAGGCAACUUUUCAACGGAGCAGAUAAUCAAGAAACUUAAUUUUAUUCAGAUUGCUCAAAAUAAUUUGUCUCUUUUUUUCCCCAUUCAACAGAAAAUGACCACCAUAACUUUCGUCAAGGUAAAAGAGGAUGCCUAUAACUGGAGUUUAAUUUUAAGGUGUUUGUGUUAGCAGAUGUUUUAAAUUCAUUUGAUCAAAGAAAACCUUAAUGAUUUCAAUAUCUUUCAUCAUGAGAACUGGUAGCAUUGGACGUAAAUGAAGGGAGACGAUGCCAUAUGUAUUUUUAAAGCUCUGUACUUUGAAAAGUGUUUUAUUUUUAGGAUAAUGCAUUAUUAACUUCCACGAUCAUGGUGAGUGAUCUUUGCCAACGGGAUGAAGCAGUGGUAAGGAUAAGCUGCAGUUGCAUCUUAUCGACACCAAUCCCAGGACGUUGUGUCUUCUGCAAACUGGUCGCCUCCUCAGGCCGCCAUUUGCUCCGUCACUGCUGCCUGGCUCUGCCUCAGCUGGCGCUUCUUGUUUUCUUAAUUUGAGAUAUAACUGAUAGGUAACAUUGUUGUAUAAAUGUAAGGUGUACAGUGCCUUGAUUUGAUACUUCCAUUUUGCAAUACCAUCACCACUGUAGCAUUAGCUAGUACUUCUAUCAUGGCACAUAAUUAUCAUUUUUGGGAGGAGCAUGUUGUUUUGAAGAUAUUCUAGUUUGGAAAUAUUUUUUCUCAGUCAUUUUUAUUUUUUUAGAUUUUUUAUUGUUAAAUGGUGAAAGAAAUAGUUAAGAGGAAAAUCUUACGUGUUAUCCCAAUGUUUUAAAAAUAGCCUUAUUGAGAUAUAAUUCACAUACCGUUCACUCAUUUUCACAGUUGAGUGGCUUUUAGUAUAUUCACAGUGGUGCUACCCACAUGAAGUCUAUUCUAGAAUCUUUUUAUGUAAUCACCCAAAGAAUCUUGUAUGUCUGAGCUCUAAUACACUCCUCCCCUCCAGCCCUAGGCAACUGCUAACUAUUUUGUCUCUAUAGUAUGUCCUUUGUUACGCCUUCUUUGAUUUGCACAAUAUUUUCAGACUUCAUGUUGUAACAUGUAUCUAUCAGUGCUUCAUCUCUUUCCCUCUCUCGUUUUUGUUUUUUUUUGGGGGGGUG